CGCAAAUAUGGCCUGACAAGGGUUUCUGAAGCAGGGUUUGUUGACAGAUUCCCCUUCCGUCUUUCCAGGCGACGGAAGAGCUGACUAUCCAGACGCCCACCAGAGGGCCCCAUGAUCGACAAAGAAUUGAGGCCAAAACCCCGCCGAUCACGGCAUCAUCAUUUGUUCGGCACACUGGUGCGUUCUGCAGGCGGGAUGCAUAGCCGACGGAUGUCUCGACCCUCGAUGGCUGCGACGUCGGGAAGAAAGAUAACAGAUGUAGACCUGCUAUGCGGCAUUGCGGUCCACGUCCGAAGUCCGAGCGAGGAUUGCCCAACAAUGAGUUAUGUUUGUUUGGACACGUCGCCUGCGUAGUGAAACUAGAGGUCCGGGGAUCCACGAAAAGAGAGACGAAACCGAAGCCGUGCGGAACAAUAUCUCCAGACUAGCCGACCUCCACAAUGACCUCUGAGCGCUGCCACAUUUUGGCGCUCCCUGCAGAGGUUCAGAUAGAGAUAUAUCGAUACCUGUUUGAGACUUUGAGAUAUCGAUUGACGGCAGCAAUGCGAAAUGCCUUCAAUGUGCAGUUUCAGUCUGCAGUUGUGCCUUCCCCUGGCAUGUCCUUUCCCCUGGCAUGUCCUCGAUGCUUGUCAUCAGCUUCGGGGCGAGGCUUUGCCUUAUCUCAUGUCCGCAACGACACUUCAAAUAUCCGGCACAUCGAUGGGAGCCGCUUGCCUUCCAACAAAAUAUAUCUCGACCAUACCUCGAGCUGUCAUCCUGGAUCCAGCAGCCUUCUCAAAGUCCACGACUUCCCUGGAACAGGUCCACAGCUUGAGGGCCCUGGAGCUCAGUAAUAUCACGAUUUGGUGCAAGUACCAUGACGAGUCCUAUCUUGAGAGCCCAGCCUUGCUCUUUUCAACCUGAAUAGAAUCGGUGUUCAGAUCACCCGGUUAUGCAACGAUAAGGCAAGAGCAUUCGAAGUACUGCUUGGCUGCCAGUAUGUGGCCUCUUCAUUGUCCGACAAGACCAUUCAUGCCGUAAUUGACGUGGACCGGAAAGUCGUACUCCACAAGUCCAAGGGGCCAGCUAUCCGAGAUAGAAAUGCCUGGGCUGGCUUUUACUGAUUGCCUGUGCCGUCGACGCUCUUGUUAGCACUCUCGAAGUGGCAGUGGCAAGCUGUCGAUCUCUUGUAUGCUUUGUUCUGCCGCUUCGCACUGUCAUUGGCUGGUGGUAGGAAGGUGUUCUCGUCCAGCCUGGGACUUAUUCAGAGCUCGAAGGACAUCGAUACCUUUAAGCCUAGAAUGUCAGCACCCCUCUUCAAGUGUUUGCUCAGGGACAGUGACCUGGAACGAGCUUUCAUCGUUUCAUCCCCUGACUACCCAAAUGUUGCAUACUUGGAGGUACCUGAGUGGGAAGACAAUCACAGAUCUGAUCUCGUUCCUCGGUAUUCAAUCAAGAGAGCAUGGAAUAAUGUGAGAACGCAAAGCCAGCCAGAUCUGAGCAGCGAAGGUUGAAAGAAUGCGUUCGGAGAAAGUGAGAGCUUGCAUAUAUGGGUAAGAUGGUGCGGUUGACCUACCUUUCUCGACUCACUUUACUGGAGGGCAUAUUUCACUUCCACCCUCCAUCUCUCACUUUCAACGGUCACCUCAACACAAACACCACUGUAUUUGCCUUCUCACUCUGUCUGGGAUCUUAUUGAGAACAUUUUCUGUCUUGUUCAGGCGUUCUACUUCCCUCCGACUGGCUCGACCCGCGGAAAUCCCUUCCUUUCUGAAUCACCAUCACCUCGUGGAUGAGACCAGUUUUCAAGAUGUCAAAUCACCUCAACAACAUGAAGAAUUCUCCUGUUUUGAAUCCUAGCACCGGACCAUCUGCUCCACCUGCGUUUGAUCAAGGCUUUCUCGACGCUUCAGACGACGAGGAUGGACAAAUGACUGACGCUCCGCUCACCAUCAACCCCUACCAGAUGCACCUACAGCCUCCUGUCAUCUACGAAGACGACGCUUUUCACGUCGAACGAGCCGCCACCUAUGAACUAUAUCUGCAAGCAAACUCUGUUCAAGUCCAGACUGUAUUUGCACCUGUUUUGCUGCCUCCACACCUAAACGACGACCUCACGACGGCUGCUCCAGUGCAGUCGAACGUCAAUCCCUAUUUCCACAGCCUCACUCCGAUCAACAUGCUUUCUCCAACCCUCGCGCCAGACGCUUACCUCCAGUCAGUGAUGACUCUGACUCCUCUGAUGUUGUCCCAGAACCAUCAACUGACGAACCAUCCAAUUCAAAACGCUCCCACACGAAAGAUAGCUGUCCCUGUCUCUGUUAUACAACGACUUGAAGGUCUCAGGCAGCAGCAAUGUACCAGAAGACCUUGUCACCGUCUUGAAACUCUGCCUGCCGAAAUCAGAUUGAUUAUUUAUGCCUAUGUCUUUAAAGGAGCAGAGCUUGAAGUCUCUCCCAGUCAUUUGACAAGAGGAAGAUGCAGUCCCAACGACUGGUUGUCUCCUUACAGACUGAUCACGAAAGUACACACAGACCUCAUACGAACGUCCAGAUUCUUCUUCCAUGAAGCACUACCAAGUCUCGUCAGAGCCACAACCCUCGAAGUCUGGUGGGUUCCAUCCCAACGAGGUGUUGACCCUCUACACUACCUCCCAGACGACUUCCUGUCGAUAAUUGAAACCAUCAAAGUCGAGUUCAAUGCUUUCGUCCACAUCAAACGUAUACGGCUUCCGAAGCUGAAGCAGGUGGACCUCUUUCAUGGAAUUGAUUCUCCUGGAGGAUUUGCCGAUGCUAUACACAUCAUGAACUGUCAGAAUUGUGGAGGAAUGCCGCUCAUUGUGAAGGAGUCGUUUGCGGGGUCUGUUUUCAGCUGGAAGUGGAAACAGAGGCAAUACGCCUACUUGGGCCGCCUGGAGGGCUUCACGGUCAAUAUGACCGCGGUCUGGGAGGUCUGGUGUCCUGUGCCUGGAAUGGCAAGAAUAGAGAUCUCCAUGAACUGCACCACCAAUGAGGUGGUCGGGACCCGAGCUUUCAUCGGGAGCCAGGAGGUCGGUACCAAAGACGGCGACCAGGCUGCCAAAGACUGGGCCACUUAUAGUGGUCUGUAGGCUCCUGGUUCGUCGUUGGAGGUGCCGGCCUCCUGGCGGAUGAUGUACGAAGAUAGCUGCUUGUUUUUUUGGUGGGCAUCGUUGUCAAUGAAAAGUGUGAACUCUGAA